AUGUCCGGGCGCGGCAAGCAGGGCGGCAAGGCCCGCGCCAAAGCCAGAUCUCGCUCCUUUAGAGCCCAGCUGCAGUUCCCCGUGGGCCGAAUUCAUCGGCUGCUCCGCAAGGGCCACUACGCCGAGCGCAUUGGGGCGGGCGCGCCCGUGUACCUGGCGGCGGUGCUGGAGUACCUGACGGCCGAGAUCUUAGAAUUAGCAGGAAACGCAUCCCGCGACAACAAGAAGACCCGCAUCAUCCCGCGCCACCUGCAGCUGGCCAUCCGCAACGACGAGGAGCUCAACAGGCUACUGGGCGGUGUGACCAUCGCGCAGGGCGGCGUGCUGCCCAACAUCCAACCCGUGUUGUUGCCCAAGAAGACGGGGCCAGACGGCAGCCCCAGUGCAUGAUGGGCCCACGGCUGCGAGGUCACCUGCACAAGCUCCAUCAUGUCUUUCACAAACGCGUCCACCUCAGGGCCUUCCAGCGCUCCCGUUUUACUCUGAAAGAGAAGAGAUUCCAUCACGAAGUAUCAUUUCCUUCCAGCGAAAAGCGGAAGAACAAA